GCUUCGACCUACAACGUCACGACAGCUUCCCCAAAAGUGUUCUUGAUUGCCGCCAUGGCCACGUCCUAGUCAAAUAUUGGAUGCGGGAAGACCUCGUUGUGUGUGAUCCCAUCACCGGUGAGAAUCACCACAUGUCUAUUCCAUCAAAAUUCAAGGGGGUAUUCAUUAGCGGGGCGGUGCUUUGCGCUGCCGGUGACCAGGGCCAUGUGCACGGUGGCUGCCACUCCAGUCCUAUAAAAGUGGUCUUGGUAUCCACGACAAAAGAUACUAGAGCCCUAGCUUGUGUUUACUCCUCGGAGACUGGCGUAUGGGACAAUCUGAUCUCAACAUCAACUCCAUGUCAGCUUUUUGUUGGUCGUUUUUCUGGGACCCUCAUUGGCAAGGCCCUUUAUUGGCCGCUUUUUACUCCUGAGAAGGGCAUACUGGAGUUUAAUUUGGAAGAGCAGAGCCUAGCUGUGAUUGAGGGUCCUCCUUUGACAAACAAUUUCGACAUGGACAAUAUUUGGAUCAUUCAGGCUGGGGAUGGUGUUGUUGGCUUAGCCGUAUUGUCUUACCCUUUCUUCCAAAUUUGGCAAAGGGAGGUCAAUUUUCACGGUGUUGCCGCAUGGGUACUGCAAAAGACCAUUGAAAUACAUAGCAUUCUUGGUCUGCCUCCCCAGAUUGGAAGAGGGGCAGGAGCGAAGAAAACUACAGUGGGAUAUUCUGAGGAUGCUGAUGUAGUUUUUAUACUUGUGGGUGAUAGUCUAUAUAUGGUUCAACUUAAAUCGAUGCAAUGCAAGAGACUUUGUGAAACCAAUAAUUCGGUUUGCUACUAUCCUCUCACGAGCUUCUAUGUACCAGGCACAUCCAUUGGAUCUAAUGGAGAAAAUGAUGCGUGAAUAUAGAAGAUAAUUGUUUUCUUUGAUGUGCUAAUGUGCUGAAGUAAUUCAACAGAUGAGGGAAUGACCGAUGCAGUUCUCACCGGGUUUGUUCCAUUGCAUCAAUGUGGCCUGCACUAUUUAUAUGUUAUCUGAAAAGAAAAAACUUGUCAUGCUAGUCUAGCCCAAUUUCUACUGUAGCAAGAUGGUGCUUCUGAAUACCUAAUCCAGGGAAUUUCAGCUUACCCUAGUGUUAUUUGAAAUCAAUUUCUUUCUUUAUAUGCUAGUGCUUGGAACCUCCUCUCUUCGACAAUGUGUGGUUCAGGCCCAAGGAUCACCAAAACUUAUAUGUUUGUCAGUUUGUGUAUUCUUCUCGGUUCUUGUGCUUGGAUGCCAUUACAGUCGAUGUAUUUUGUACCGAUGGGAAUUUCAGCCAUAAAUAUGACCUAUACUUA